UACGAAUGUAAAAAUCCAUUGUUUGACAGCUGUCACUCAAAGGUCGCAGAAAAUUGCCAAAAAAAUAUUUUUGGUGAAAAAAUACGUUUCGCAAAAGUUGUUAAGAAGGACAUUAUAACUUGUUUCAGUGAGUGAAAGUACAAAUGAAUAAGCUGUUGCCUGCAAGGAGGCGAAAGUUGCUACAGUUCUAGUUGGUGUACUUUGUAACCUAGCAAAAUGUUACGAAUACCGGUUCGAGGUAGAACAAUCCAUCAAAACAUACGUCUGAAGUCCACGAACUCGAGUAACUUUAUUAGAAGCACCUUCAUAGAGUAUUUCGUGGAGGGUCACGGUCACAAACAUGUGAAAUCGAGUCCCGUUGUGCCACUGUGCGAUUCUACCGUUCCCUUUGUGAAUGCUGGCAUGAAUCAGUUCAAAGGAGUGUUCCUCGGGCAAGUGGAGCCGCCGUGCGCGCGCGCCGUGAACUCGCAAAAGUGCGUGCGCGUGGGCGGCAAGCACAACGACCUGGACGCGGUGGGGACGGACGGACACCACCACACCUUCUUCGAGAUGCUCGGCAACUGGUCCUUUGGGGACUAUUACAAGAAAGAAGCAUGUCAAAUGGCCUGGGACCUACUGCUUGGUCCGUACCGGUUGAAACCAGAAAACCUUGUGGUGACGUACUUUGCUGGAGAUGUAGUCAUUGGCCUACCAGAGGAUAGAGAGUGCCGUGACAUUUGGAGAGCUAUUGGCGUGCCAGACAGUCGCCUCAAGGCUUUGGACGCCAAAGACAACUUUUGGGAGAUGAGCGCUACCGGGCCGUGCGGGCCCUGCACUGAGAUACACCACGUCAACCCGGACGGCUCGUUGACUGAGAUAUGGAACCUGGUCUUCAUACAGUGCAACAGAGAAGAAAACGGCUCGGUGACGCCGCUGCGGCGCCAACACGUGGACACAGGGCUGGGAUUGGAGCGGCUGGCGGCGCUACUGCAAGGCGCCCGCUCCAACUACGACACUGACCUGUUCCGCCCGCUCAUCGCCGCCGUGCAGCAGCACAGCAAAGGCGUGGCGCCGUACGCUGGGUCGUUCGGCGCGGGCGCGGAUCUCGACGCCGCCUACCGCCGCCUGGCCGACCAUGCCAGGAUGAUCAGCGUGUGCCUGGCUGACGGAGUGUUCCCGGCUUCUAGUCUAAACCUCAAGCAAAUAAUGCGCAAAUCCUUCAAAAUGUCCUCCGACAUCUUCCAAAACCCUCACUUACUAUCCUUACUCUACCAAGAAGUGGCCAACACGCUCGGCGAAACCUACCCAGAACUGAUAGCAAAGAGCAAAGAAGCCAAAUUGAUCAUAGAGCAUGAGGAGCAGGCGUAUGCUAAGAUGAGGGCAGGGCUGGCGAAGAAAUGGAAGGAUCUGGCUAAGAGGUACCCUGAGGUUGAGGAGCUGGGAGACGUGGAGAUGGCCAGCUUUGCCACGGGGUAUAAUGAGUUUAAAGAGGGAAUGGCCAAACAAAAAUCAACCACAAUACCUGGAGACCUAGUCUUCAAGUUGUACGACACUUACGGUUUCCAAGAGGACAUGAUUGAGAGAAUAGCAACACUAAAUCAUUUGGGCAUCGACAAGAAAGGCUUCUGGAAGCUUCUCUCAGAGCACAAAUCACGACACAAAACCGCUAUGAAAGAACAAUCGUCUAACAGGGCACUUCUCUUCGACAGUGCAGUGGAAAAAAUAAUUAAAAGUGGAGUCAAAUCGACGAACGAUCAGCACAAAUAUGAUUAUACACCUGUAGGAAACAAAAUACAAUUCAAAUCGCUCAAAACUAAACUUGUAGCUAUACUAAAUGAAGAUUGUGAGUGGAUAGACUUUUUAGACCCGUGCGAAGAUAGGCCUUAUUAUCUAGUAGCAGAAGAUUCAAAUUUCUACUGCGAGGAGGGAGGGCAAACGGCUGAUAGCGGUACCAUAAAAGUAAAUAAUAAUGUGACUUUCAAAGUAGAUACUGUUUUCAAAAUUCGGGACUUCGUAUUCCAUAAGGGUUACUUCAAAGUGAACAAAGGAAGUGAUAAAAAUUAUGUGAACUAUAACAGUGAAGUGGUGUUAGAAAUAGAUGAGUGUAAAAGAGUGAAUGUGAUGAGGAACCAUACUGGUGUUCAUUUGUUGAAUGCGGCCAUCAGACAGGUCCUUCCGAAGAGCGUGGUGUGUCCUACGGGAUCUAAGGUCACUGAUAAAGGGCUGUCUUUAAAUCUGUCGGUCUACGGCGAAAAAUUGUCGCAGAAGGUGGUCUUGGACGCACAAGAAUUAAUUAGGGAAACAAUAAAAUGCAAUACGCCGGUCUCUACUAGCGUGGUGGACAGUUUAGCGGUAUCCAGGGAAGGGGACGUGGUCACUAUCCCGGGGGAAACUUAUCCCGAAAUGGGGCUGAGGAUGGUCGCGGUUGCCCCGCCUCCUUUGCUGUCCAAAGAGUUGUGUUGCGGCACCCACGUCCCCUCCACGGGUUUUGUUGAAGACUUCUGCGUGACGCUGGUCAAAGGCGCGGGCGGACACACGCCUAUAAUACACGCACUCACUGGCGACCGCGCGAAGGAGGCCAGAGAAAUCUUCUGCCACGCACAGAAGUUAGAAGAAGUGAUAGAACUGGUAGACCCAGACAGACGGAAGGAGGAAAUGACCAACAUUAGGAAACGACUGUCUGAUCUGUGCGGUACUGGUGGCGCCCCCUACGGAGAAUAUGCGCAAUGUUUGGGGCUGUUGGAAAACUUGCAGAAGAGGGAAGUCAACACGAAUGAUAUGGCGUUACAAGCCGUAGCCGAGGCGGAGUUCCGCGAGGCGUUUGAUUCGGCGCAGGCAGAGGGCCGCCAGUUUGUGGUGCACUUCCUACGGUGCUCCUACCUCAUGCAAGGGACAGGACUCUCAAGGGCGUUACACGCCACCCCUGCCUCGUCCCCUGCGUUGCUGUUAGGAUGUGCUGGUGGAGUUAUAGUAGCAGCCUGUCGUAUGCCACAGGACAAAGUGACAGACACCUUCAACGCGGAGCGCUGGUUGCGCUGCAUCCUGCCGGUGUUCCACGCGGACGUCAAACCCGGAUCCACGCCGCUUACGUACGCCGAGAUGACGGCCACUAAGGUGAGCCUAAUCAACUGCGAGCAGCUAGUUCAAGACGCCAUGCGUGUCGCCAUCAAAUAUGCGCAAGCGCAGCUCAGGCCCUCAAGUUACACAGGCCACACCCAAACACGUCAGCACAACUGAACUAGAGAUUAUGCCGUCCAGGACGAUACAUACUGAGAUACAGGCAAAGAGCUUCCUCGUUGUGGAAAUAAAUAAAUACUAAUAUUAUUACUAAGUAUAGGUCGCGCAACGAAAAUUGAGGCGGACGCGGUACUGACAUUGACGUUAUAUUUUAAUGUAUCGAAACGAAUACACUUGAUUUGAUACCUCGCUCUUCCUAAAGCGAGACAGAAAGCGCUUCUCAGUCACCCGUUGUCUUAGAUGAGCGACAGAACGCGACUUGACACGAGACGCAACGCGACGUAAGCGUAAUUCGACCAAUAUUUCACGUGACGUAUGACAGAUGUCUUGACAUGAGACUACAUUGUUACUAACAAAAAAAAAACUGAAUGGAAUAAAUAAAUUAUCACCGGGCAAUUUUCAAAUUUCACUGUCCACCGUGUCUCGUUAAACACUCGACAUUGGUGAAACCAGUGUGCAAGCCAUUAAACAGAAUAAUAAUAAUACAUAAGUCACUAUUUUAUACAACGACAUCGUCGCAUUGCCGCGUUUGUCGUUCACUUAGGACAACGGAUAAGAUUACGCAAGACGACAGAGCAGCUAGCGUCUACUGAAACAUAAACACAAACAAAUAUUUCUUUGUGUUGAUCGCCUCAACUCUCGCUGAGCGACCUAUAACUCUGUCUCAAGCGUAUCGUGAGAGGGGAGGCAAGUUAAGGCAACUGAACUUGUAAAAUAUUUAAUUGGCAACCACCUAUUAUAUCAGUAAACUUAUUUUAGUUAUGUUAAAACCCCUAAAAUAUAGAAAUUCUGUUUUAUUUAUUUGAACUAGUCGUAGUAAGUUUUGUUCAAUGAAGUAUUAUGUUUUGGGACAUUUUUAAAAACAAACGGCUUACUUUUCGGUCUGGAAAGUGCAGUAUUUUUCAUUAUUUU